AUGGACACGUCCGGCACCUUCGCCGAUGCACCAUGGCAUGAUCCUGAUACAAUACCGCUUGGUGUUGUUGUAAUAAAGAUCAGAGCUUCUUCGCCGGGCCCUAUUCAGCUUGGCCAGCCAGGAGCACAACUGCUUUGCCUGAACGAAGAGUCGUUUGAGCGGCUAUGUGCAUACGAGGCAGGUUCCUUGCUCUGCCAUGUACGUGCUCUGGUCGAAAUGAACAAGGCAAUUGCGGCUGUGGAGCAAGAUGUAUUGGCUAUGUGGGCAGCAGGCAUGUACGAGGGAGCACUCCAUGUACGCAUCAUGGCAAAGCAAACAACCUCUGCCUCCAGUCAGAAUCCAAUUCCACAUUGGCAGCAAAUUUUACCGAACCUGUGGACAGAUUCGCAUUUAUGGAACGCCAUAAGUCGAGAUACAGACAUGCCUGCAUCAGUGACGCCGUUUUGGGACAUUGACAUCGUAUGUAUGCGCGACUCACAGCAGAACGACUGGACUCUCUCCGAGCUAUACCAGCGACUCCCCAGUCCACCUCCAGCUCAUGAAUGGGACCCAUGCAUGCUAAACCCUCCCCAGCUUCAGUGCCAGCUCUAUGGCUACCAACAGAAUUCAUUGGCUAAAAUGCUACAGCGAGAACUCAGGCCAACUAGGCAUGGUGGUCCCUAUUAUGUUGAGAAAACGACCCCUUGCUCAUCCACGAGCCAAGUGGACAAGUACUACUUUAAUCCGGACACAUACGCUUUCUACCGGCCAUCUUCGAUACCCACAUACUUGGACAUUAAAGGCGGUAUUCUAUGUGACGAGAUGGGCGUCGGUAAAACGACGGUGUGCCUUGCGCUCAUCUUGGCAACAUUGGAUCAAAUGCCCCAGCCCGAACUGAAUCCAAUGUGCAGUGCUGUAACAAGUGAUAUGGCACGCGCAUUCCCCGCCCGAGCGUACCAAGGUGUUGAUCCAGCACACACACACACACAGCGGAUUGUGACGGCCGCUUUCGGGGCUCCUAGUCCAGGCGAGCGGAUCAGUCGAAAACCGCAUAAAAAGAUGCCACAAGCGGCGCCCAAGCCAGCACUCAAGCGUGGCCGCGUGUCAGGAACCGUCUCCCUAGUGCAAAUCGCCGCACAUCGGUUGCGCACCACACAUGCAUGUCGUUCUGAGCUGCGUGAAACACUCCCGCUUCAACUGCAAACCAUUCUCGGUCCCUUAUCAGCACCGUAUUUUCUUCUUUGGCCACCUGCACCCACGCAUGUAUCACGUCAAAGUCAAGGACGAGCGCCAAUACGUGUGUAUGUUACGUCUGCCACCCUGGUCCUCGUGCCACUGACCUUGUUGGUUCACUGGAUGGAGGAAAUUGAAAAGCAUUGUGAGGAGAAUGCACUACGCAUCCUGACUGUUUCUGACAUGCGAGAAGAGCUACCAAGAGCCUCUCUAUUAGCUCAGAAUUACGAUAUGGUACUCAUGUCCCAUGCGCGCUUUGGCAAGGAGGCCUGUGAUGAGCACAGUAGCAGAGUGAGCGGGAACGACUCGCCUCUAAUGCAGGUGUAUUGGAAACGCGUGAUCAUUGAUGAAGGCGACGUGUUGGCUGGCGAGUCGUUGGUCAUGCGUCUUUGCGCCCGCUUGCGUGUGGAAAGGCGCUGGAUCGUCACGGACACACCUACACAAUCCACAAUUGGUUCGAGUAUGCAUCAGACUGCCGACAAGCGAAAAGGAGUACCUCUGUCAGGCGCACCAAUGGCCUGGAUGCCAUGUGAUCGUAAAAAUCUUGACCGAUUAAAACAGUUUCUUGUCCGUUUCCUAGGUGUUUCGCCUCUAUGUGGUACACAUGCAGAUACCCAUUCAGACGCACUAGCGCCUGGAUUGCCUACGAAAGAGCGAGAUUGGCAUGCCCUUAUGACAUCAGCACCACAAUAUCCGGAGGAAGAAUGGCCAGCCAAACGCCGUUUGUACGAUCUUCUCUCGCGGGUCAUGGUCCGCAACCGUACAGAAGACGUCCAGCAAGAAUGUCCUCUGCCUCCGCUCGAGCAUCGGGCUGUCAUGCUCACAUUUUCGGAACUGGAGCGACUUACGUACAAUGUCCUCCAGUCGCUGAUUCUGCUCAACGCAACAUUAUCUCAAGAAAAAGACAAGGACUACUUGUUUCAUCCGAGCAAUAAAAAGUUAUUGACAUUGGUCAUGGAGAAUCUUGCUUUAGCAUGCUUUCAUUUUGCCGAGCCCGGCCUUCUAGAGCAGGCCCGGAAUGCCAAGGAGCUGCUGGCUCAUCAGCUGAAAACACCAGGUGGUGUUCCACAGGCUUUCGAGGACGCUGCCACACACAUUCGAAUUCAGCGUACAUCAUCUACUAAGCUCCAGCACAUGGUGCUUGAAAUUCUCGCCGCAGUGAAGCUUGAAAAGAGCUACUUCGUGUUCCGUCCCUGA